AUGGGUUCCUUUCGCUGCUUCGAUGGAAAACGGAUACGCCCCCGAGUUCUCGGCUGUGUCCUGGCAUCUGCACUCCUCUCUUGGGGAGUCUUGCAUUCGCUGAGGAAGCCGCUCGCACUCUUGCUUCGUCCAACGAGCGACUUCGACACCGUCUACAUCAGCAAUGCGAAGAUCCCCAAGAUCAUCCAUCAAACAUACGCCAACCGGACCAUCCCUGAUCACUGGAAGCAGGCUCAGCAAUCUUGUCUGGACCUCCAUCCCGAUUACGAAUACAAGUUCUGGACGGACGAGGAUGCCAACGAGUUCAUCGCGAAAGAAUACCCCUGGUUCAAGCCGACGUGGGAUAGCUACCCGCACGUCAUCCAACGCGCCGAUGCUAUCAGGUAUUUCGCGCUGGUGCAUUUCGGCGGUAUCUAUAUCGACCUUGACGACGGCUGCAACUACCGCCUCGACCCGCUGCUGCAGUACCCCGCCUGGCUGCCACUCACCGCGCCCAUCGGCGUCAGCAACGACGUAAUGGGCAGCGUCCCGCACCACCCCUUCUUCGAGCGCGUCAUCCGCGCCCUCGCCGACUACAACCACAACUGGGCAUCACCAUACCUGACCGUCAUGUACACGACGGGGCCGCUCUUCCUGUCGGAGAUGCGCGAGGAAUACCUGGCCAAGAAGGACGACGUGCCGCCGGCCGAGCAGCUCUUCACGCUGAUGCCCAGAGACUACGACCGCAACGGCCAGAGCAUGUUCCGCAGCUACCGCGGCAGCUCGUGGCACGAAGACGACGCCGCCGUCAUCUUCUGGCUCGGCGAUCACGUCGUGGCCCUGGCCAUGGUCGGCGCGCUAUCGGCGAUUGCGGUUCUCGCGCUGGCGUCGUUGAAGUGCUACCAGCGUCGCCGUGCUGGAGACGUGCACAAGGACUACUAUUACCCCUUGGUUGAUCGUGCUCAGGUGUAG